GUUACGAGACAAACUGUAUCAAGACAGUAAACUUGGUGUAGUACGGUAGUUACAGCGUCUGGUCCUUCAAACGACAAUACGGCCAGUACAAGUCGAAAAAGUAAACGUCGAACGUUUACACCAUUAUCGCUUUUAUCGGAAGUUGGUUGAAACCAGUAGACUGAAAAUAGAUUUACAUAACAUCUCGCAAAUGAGGUUCGCUGUAAAAUCCCGUUUCUACUGGAAAUUUGCACUAAAAUCAUGUCCUCUGCUAACUUAACUGCUAAUGUAACUGCAAAUUAACAUACUUUUUUUUUUCUUUUUAAGGAUGUUCGACGAGAUUAUCUGUAGCAUUGUUGCAGAACCUAACCUGGUACUUCAGUAUUUUCUUGCAAAACGACGUCGAUCUAAUGCCAGUAUUAAGCAAAUUUAUGCCGACAGGACGAAGUAUGGAGAGUUCCAUACUCUAUUCAACCAGCUUCUGGAAGAUGAAGUUUCUUUUUUUCAAUAUAUGAGGAUGCCUAAAGAAACAUUCUUUUACAUUCUCAAUAAAAUUGCCCCAAGCUUAGCGAAAAAGAAGCGGAAUAUUCAACAUAUUUCUUUAGAAGAACGGUUGAUGGUCACAUUAAGAUUCUUAUCUACUGGAACAAAUUUUCGGGCUCUGUCAUUUGAUUUUAGGAUCUGUCAUAAUGCAAUAGCUAAAAUAGUGUAUGAAACUUGCGAUGCUAUUUGGAAGAUGAUGAAAGACGAAUUCAUGCCGGUACCAACAACUGAAAAAUUUCAACAAAUUAGCAGAGAGUUUUGGCAAAAAUACAAUUUUCCCAACAUCGUCGGAUGCAUCGAUUGCAAGCAUGUGAUGAUCAAAGCACCGGCUAAUAGUGGAUCAGAUUACUUUAACUACAAAAAGUACUUUUCUUUGCAUCUACAAGCUGUCGCUGAUGCACAUGGAAAAUUUAUAUUUAUCGAUGUAGGUGAAUAUGGACGACGUAGUGACAGUGGGGUGUUUAAUAGCUCGUCAUUGUACCAAGCAAUAGAGAAUGGAGAGCUAAAUAUCCCUCCAGCGAAACCACUUCCAGGGUCAAUUGAACCUAUGCCAUACGUUUUAUUAGGGGACCAAGGAUACCCUUUAAAAACAUAUUUGCUCAGACCCUAUCCAUUUAAUAAUUUAUCGGCAGAGCAAAUUAGGUUUAAUUUUAUGCAUGCAAGAGCGAGGCGGAUUAUUGAGUGUGCUUUUGGCAUACUAGUUACGAGAUGGCGGUGUCUAAUGACGGAGCUUCAAAUGACUCCUGAUCAUGUAACAAUUAUUGUACAAGCAUGCUGUUUGCUGCAUAAUAUUUGCUCAAAUUUAAAAAAACCACGCAAAAUCCUACGAUGGACAAAUCCAACUGGUAUUACCGUAAACAGAAAUAGUCAUAAUCAUCCCUCACGCGAUGCUUACAGGAGAAGAUGCUCGGGUCCACCCGUUGGUCGGAUCCACUUGCCCAACUGGGCGGAAACGUGCGAGGAAAUCCGGGCAGCGGAGAGGCUGAAAACCAUCACGGAUUGGCAGGAGCAGUGGCAUAUCGACGCAGCCAACGCCGCGCAGGCCAUGGAAGAUUACGCCGAUGAAGUCGCCGACUUGGAGGCUCCUCGUGUCGAAGUGCGGCGCGCCCGCAACGAAAGACGAAACGCCAACCGGCGGGCAGCGAGAGCGCGUCUAUCGGAGGAGAGGCGUAGAGAUCGCCCACCGACCCCGCCAGCCUUACUUACCACGGCUGCGAGUUGCGGAUAUGCGGGAGAGGAGGCGGAGGGCAACUGA